AUGGCGCCGAAGGCAGGUCAGACAACCGAGAGUUACGAGGAGAUCCGUCAACGCAACAUUGCUGCUAAUCGGAGCUUGUUGCUGUCCUUACAACUAGCCGUUCCUGGCGGGUUUGGGCCAAGCCUAGUCCCGAAGCCAGUCGGUCCGAAAGCGGCGGUGACAGGGGAGACAAAGAGGGAGCCUACCGGUGGGACGAAGGAGCGGCGGAAGAAGGCAGCGCGACGUGAGCCGGCGGACGCGGAGGAGCAGGAGCAGCAGGCGCCGGGUGGGCGUCGACGGAGCGGGCGGAUCUUGCAGCAGCUCCAGCAACGCACGGCGUCCAAGCGGACCUCCCGGGUCGCCGGUGAGGACGAUGAUGGAGACUCGGAGGACGCGGACGAGUACGAGGCGGGAGCCGACGACGACGGACACUCCGACGACUCGGAAGCCAAGGAAAACGGCACCCGCAAACGCAAAUCCACCUGGCGUCCGCCCACUGAACCUAAGCGCCCCCGCGGCUCGCUUCCACCCCAGCGUAAGACCCAGUGCUUGAAGGGAAAUCGGCCCAAUCCUAAGAUAUUCGGCCAGCAGAUCGGCACCGAGGUCGGCGAUUGGUGGAACUCGAGAAUGGACUGCUCCCAGGCGGGUGUGCAUGCGCCGCCUGUGUGCGGGAUCGCCGGUAGCGACGGAGUGGGCUGUUGGAGUGUCGCGCUGAGUGGGGGGUACGAGGACGACGUGGAUCUGGGAUAUGCGUUUACGUUUACGGGCUCGGGCGGACGGGCGCUGAGCGGGACGGCGGAGAAGCCGAAGAACCUGCGGACGGCGCCGCAGAGCUCGGAUCAGGAAUUCACGGCGAUGAACGCCUCCCUGCGACUGUCGUGCGACCUCAAGAAUUCGGUGCGGGUGAUCCGGGGAUACAAGAACCACAGCCCGUUCGCGCCCGACGAAGGCUACCGCUACGAUGGCCUCUAUCGGGUGGAGAAGUGUUGGCGGGAGGCGGGCCAAUCGGGCUUCCAAGUCUGCAAGUUUGCCUUUGUCAGGUUGCCCAACCAACCCAGGAUCCCUAUCAAAGAAGGCCGGGAAGCCGAGGCCGAGCAGAUCUUGAGGGACAUGGGCAUCGCCACCGAGGCGCUCCCCGGGACGGCGGCGGAGAGCCGACUAUGGACGCAGACGCUGGCCAAGCAGCGCAUCCUGGCCCAACGCGCCCAGACGGCCGUCGAGCCGGCCAACACUCCGGAAACUGGCAAACCCACCGCUUCCCCGUCGCCUGAAAACACUCAGGAUGGAUCCAAUGAGCAGCCGGCCAAGCCCAGCGAGGAUCGAUCGGAGCCCCCGUCGGCUGAGAAUACCCGGGAUGAGCCCGACCAGCCAGUGCCAGUCAGCGUGGCAACCAUUGCUUGA